AUGUUAAAUGCAACGCCGUGCUUGCGUAGCUUUCUAUGGAUCAACAGUUUGAUCGUUAGUGCGCGUGUCCUAAUGAGUCACAAGUGUUUGGAGUGCGCAGUGUUGGCACAGGGAGCAGGGUUCAUGCCGCGAAGGUCCCAGGGUGAUGGUCACGGGAGAGCACCAGCUCGUGACAGGGGCCGUGGAACCGGGGCGGAUGGUGGGGCCUUGGUGCUUCAAGAUGGGGCGACUAUGGGUGAGUUUCACUUUAGAUUUAGUGCGGGGUCGGAGUUUGAUUACCUGGUCUUUGAGGUGCUGGGUGAACGCUUUGAGAAGCUGGGCCUUGCAGUUGGUGAAGUGAAGGAAAAGUAUGAAGUGAACAGUGCUGGCAUGUUCGUUGAUUUAGUUUGUUUGGGUAUCGAUAACCGCUACGCUUUGGGUGGUGCAUCGAAAAUGAAGGCCAAGCUGGCGGGUUGCCAGUUUCUCCCUAUCAUAUUCUUGGCUUCCAGGUGUAGCAAGAACUUUGGCAUGCAGGAUGUGAUUCGCGCGCAGAAAUGGGCCCAGACUUCAGGGUCCGCGGUCGUCGCAGCGAAUUGCCGCUCCUAA